AAUGGAAAGAUGAAAAAUGAAGAGAGGAGUCAUCCCUGUUGAGUUCACCCAUUUUAUCGCAGAUCUUCAACGUGCACUGCAGUUGCUGAAUCUUCUUCUUUUCUUUUCUCUUCUCUUCGAGUCUCUUCUCUCUUCUCAGAUAUGGCGUCUCAUGGCAUGUGUCCUUCAGUGAAGAACAUUCUUCUUCUAGACUCUGAAGGGAAGCGUGUGGCAGUCAAGUAUUACUCUGAUGACUGGCCAACAAACAAUGCAAAGUUAGCUUUUGAGAAGUUUGUAUUCAGCAAGACUGUUAAAACAAAUGCGCGUACAGAAGCUGAGGUAACACUACUAGAGAACAAUGUCAUUAUCUACAAGUUUGUACAAGACCUGCAUUUCUUUGUCACUGGUGGUGAUGAUGAAAAUGAGCUCAUUUUAGCAUCGGUUCUUCAGGGUUUCUUUGACGCGGUCACCCUUCUGUUAAGGAGCAAUGUUGACAAGAGAGAGGCACUUGAGAACUUGGAUCUAAUUCUUUUAUGUCUUGAUGAAAUUGUUGAUGGAGGGAUCAUACUUGAAACAAAUGGAGCUCUUAUUGCUGAAAAAGUGACAUCCAGUAGCUUGGAUGCUGAUGCUCCCUUGUCUGAGCAGACACUAACUCAAGCAUGGGCUACAGCCAGAGAUCAUUUGACAAGAACCCUUUUAAAAUGAUCGAAUACACUAGAAACGAGUUACAUGUAUUUGGGUAGUUUUUAUUUUAAAUUUAUAAUUUUUAUGUUGAUGAGAGUUUCGUUUCCUGUUCCCCUAAUUUGUCUAGCCAACGAGAGCAAUGAUAUCGUUCCAUUCUGUUGAGUGUUGACAAAGGUUUUCCUUUUAUCAUAUCAAUUAUUUUUUU